GACAUCAGCAGGGUCCUGCUCUCUCUUCCCAUCGCCAAAGACUCACAAAGGACUACAACUGGAUAGUCGGGAACUCGCAAAACUACGCCCGUUUGAUGCAUUUAUUCCAAAGGAUUUAUUUAAGGGACUUUUACUAGACACCAUGGAAGGCUGUUGAUGGCUAACUCUGCCUUCGGCUAAAACGUAACUCAGGAGAGCAGCAUGAACACAUAGGUUGGGUGUGCAGGGAAAUAACCAACAAUGGCCGCCCAUCGAAUCAGAGCGACAAACAACAACAUCGCACUGCCGCGCUGCAAGUCAGAGGGGACACUCAUUGACCUCAGUGAUGGAGUGUCUGAAUCCAACUGUCUCACAGAUGUCAAAGUGCCUUCUCCCAGUGCCUUAAGACUGGACGCCACUGCCUCCUUUGGCACUGCCAGGGAAGUCGUUGCUAUUAAGGAUUACUGUCCCUCCAGCUUCACCACCCUCAGGUUCUCCAAGGGAGAACAUCUCUUUGUGCUGGACACAUCGGGUGGAGAGUGGUGGUACGCCCACAACAGCACUGAGAUGGGUUACAUCCCUGCGACAUACGUCCAGCCCAUCAACUACCGGGACUCCUCCUUCAGUGACAGCGGUAUGAUCGACAGCCUAGGAGACUGCUCUGUUGAGGAGGGAGCCAAGGAGCUGGACCUCCUUGGAGAUUGGACCGGGGUGAUGCUGAAACCUACUGCCCCCCAAAACGGGAACCCAUUUGCCCCCCAUCACCAGCACCUUAGCCGUAGCUCCACUAACCCUUUCCUCAAUGUGGCCCUUCAAGGUUCUUUGGAUCAGAACAGUAAUGAGAACAUUAAGUCAGUGGACCUUCUUCUUUUUGACAACCUAGCCUCCUCUGUCCCACCAAACUCUACCAGCAGUAGCAUCAACAUCAACGGCUUUGGCAGCGGCAUUUUCGAUCUGAAACCCAUCAGCCCCAGCUUGGGAGUGGGCCAGAUGUUACGCAGGGACAACCCAUUCUUCAGGAGCAAGCGAUCCUACAGUCUCUCAGAACUUUCAAUCCUGCAAGCUCAGAAUGACGCCCCUCAGGCAUCCUCAGGUUUUUUUGGAGGCCUGAAAGCCCCUGCACCUGAACAGUUCCAGAGCAGAGAGGACUUCCGGGCGGCAUGGCUCAAUCACCGCAAGCUAGCCAGGUCCUGCCAUGACCUGGACUCCUUGGGUCAGAAUCCAGGCUGGGGACAAACACAGCCAGUGGAGACCAACAUUUUGUGCCGUUUAGACAGUUCUGGAGGGGCCGUCCAGCUUCCAGACACCAGCAUCAGCAUCCACAUCCCGGAGGGCCACGUGGCCCCUGGAGAUUCCCAGCAGAUCUCCAUGAAGGCCUUGCUGGACCCACCGCUGGAGCUCAACAACGACCGAACAACGACCGUAAGCCCUGUGGUGGAGAUCAAGCUCGGUAACAUGGAGACCAAAACCACAGUCACCCUUGAGAUGACGGUGUCAGUUGUGGUGAAGAAGGAGAGCAGGCAGACGACAAAGGUCAUAUGUGUAAGGAGUGACUGCAAGGAGGGGCCCUACACACCAAUCCCCCAAGCCUAUAUGUAUGGGGACACCAUCCAGGUCUGUCUGGAUAACCUUGAGCCCUGCAUGUAUGUGUCUGUUGUGGCCCAGGCCCAGUCAGUUGCUCCAGAAACCACUGUUUGGGACAACGUGUUGAAGAAGGUGACCCUCGGUGUCUAUGGUCCCAAGCACAUUCACCCAUCCUUUAAGGCUGUGGUGGCCAUCUUCGGCCAUGACUGUGCCCCAAAAACAUUACUGGUGAGUGAAGUAGGGAAGCAGGCCCAUGCCACCCCUCCAGUGGCUCUUCAGCUCUGGGGGAAGCACCAGUUUGUCCUGGCAAGGCCCCAGGACCUUCGGGUUGGUGUUUACUCCAACAUGGCCAACUAUGAGGUAAAGGCCAGUGAGCAGGCCAGGGUGGUUAGGGGUUUCCAGGUCAAACUGGGAAAGGUUAGCCGGAUAGUCUAUGUGAUCGCCUCACGCACUGCUGAUGAUGUCUCAGAUUUCACAUUACGUGUCCAGGUCAAGGAUGACCAAGACUGUAUUCUCGCCCAGUUUUGUGUUCAAACUCCAACACCUCCACCCAAGACCGGUCCACAAACAUCUGUGCAGAGGCGCUUCCUGAAGAAGAAGGAACUAGGGAAAAUUGUCUUGUCCCCUCUGGCCAUCACUACCAAAUACCCUGUGUUCCAUGACCGACGAAUCCGCAACCUGAAGUUUGGCAAGUUGAUCAAAACAGUCAUCCGACAGACCAAGAACCAAUACUUACUGGAGUACAAAAAGGGGGAUUACUUUGCCCUUCUGAGCGAAGAGAAAAUCAAAUUGAAGGGACAGUUGUGGACUAAGGAAUGGUACAUCUGUUACUAUCAGGGUAGAACAGGGCUUGUACAUGCAAAAAAUGUUCUGUUGGUGGGGAAAGUAAAACCCAUUUACUUCAGCGGGGCUGAACUAACCACUACACUCUUACUGGAUCAGAUCCUGAAGCCCUGCAAGUUCCUGACGUACAUCUAUGCCUCUGUGAGGACUAUACUGAUGGAGAAUGUAGGAAACUGGAGGGUGUUUGCCGAUGCCCUGGGUUACGUUAACCUACCGCUCUCACACUUCUGCCGUGCAGAGCUGGACAGCGAGCCUGAGAGGGUGGCGUCUGUCCUGGAGAAGCUGAAAGAGGACUGCAAUAAUACAGAGGGCAAGGAGAGGAAAUCCUUCCAGAAGGAACUCAUGACCGCGUUGCUGAAGAUGGACUGCCAGGGCCUGGUGGCCAGGUUGGUGAUGGACUUUGUCCUGCUGACCACGGCGGUGGAGGUGGCUGGGAGGUGGCGGGAACUGGCUGAAAGGCUAUCCAAAGUGUCCCGUCUGCAGCUGGAUGCAUACGAGGGACCGCACAGAGACAGGAACGGAGUGGUGGACAACGAGGCCAUGUGGAAGCCAGCCUAUGACUUCCUACUGACGUGGGCUGCCCAGAUUGGGGACAGCUACCGGGACGUGAUCCAGGAGCUCCACAUGGGCCUGGACAAGAUGAAAAGCCCCAUCACCAAGCGUUGGAAACACCUGACGGGAACGCUCAUCCUCGUCAACUGCCUGGAUACGCUCCGGAGCUCCGCCUUCAGCCCCGCCUCUCAGGACGACUGUGCCAUAUAGACCAAACUGACCAUAAUCAUUGUCAUCAUCACUCAUAGGGUGCAGCUUGUCUCCUUCCCUUAUAUCUCCGCUAAUUGGAAAGCAAUUUAUUUCCCACCCGUAUAGAUGAAAGAUAGAAGAGGAUGAACCUUUGGACUGUUGAUAUAGACUCCGCCUCCUGCUGUCCUUCCUAUGUCCAUCACCAUCCUAUCCCCACCCUUGACCCAACCCCUAACCACACCCCUGACCCUACCAUCGUGGAUCAUUUUUGCAUAUCUUCCUAUGCUCCACAACCUUAUUCCCUGUUUGUAUUGAAGAUUCUGAACAACAGCUGUCUGUCUAGUCCCUCUGAGUCUUGCUUCUUCUGAAUCUGCCUUUAGUCCUCAUGGGGGUGAGGGGCUGGACGGCUAGAGCACUCCCAGGAGGAUUAGACUGCUAGACUGUCCCCCCUCACCCCUAGAAGGACUAGACUCCCCCUCACCCCUAGGAGGACUAGACUCCCCCUCACCCCUAGGAGGACUAGACUCCCCCUCACCCCUAGGAGGACUAGACUCCCCCUCACCCCUAGGAGGACUGGACUCCCCCUCACCCCUAGGAGGACUAGACUCCCCCUCACCCCUAGGAGGACUAGACUCCCCCUCACCCCUAGGAGGACUAGACUCCCCCUCACCCCUAGGAGGACUAGACUCCCCCUCACCCCUAGGAGGACUAGACUCCCCCUCACCCCUAGGAGGACUAGACUCCCCCUCACCUCCAGGAGGACUAGACUCCUCCUCACCUCCAGGAGGACUAGACUGCUAGUCCUCAACCACCCAUCUUUGUAUAGCCACCAGCCAAACUACACAAUGCUACAGUCUCAGUAUUCACAAAGACUAUUUUAAUCUUCAUUGUCUGGCAUAGUAUGUAUUUUUUUUACUCUAAAUAUGGCACAGCAUUUUUUAAAGACACUUUGACACCUUUCGUUCAUAACUGUGGACUCGAUCCAGUGCAAAGACAACGUUUCUAAAUGGUAUCCUUGUUCUCUAGCCUUGUCACGUGUGUCAAACGAGCUAAAUAUAAUGUGUUUAUUUAUAAAGCGUUGGAGUUGUUCAGAAGAAAGUGCUCUCUUAUUGUUUCGUCCUACUCUGGUCCGUUUUAUUUCAACUACUUUGUUAGUGAACAUAUUUCUAAGGACCGAGUUAAUAACUUUGCAUAACUCACCAAUUAACUUUGUUCUUUCAUUUCAAAUAAAUUCAUCUCUCACUGCUUUUUCACCUCUCUUAACUAUCUUUUAAAAUGAAACCAUAUGGCCUGCAGUUAUUUAUAUACUAGACUUAGUGAAUAUAUUGUACCGAAGCUUGUCAGCAGUUAAUAUGACUCUACAUACUGUAUAAAGACAUACAGUGCCUUGCGAAAGUAUUCGGCCCCCUUGAACUUUGCGACCUUUUGCCACAUUUCAGGCUUCAAACAUAAAGAUAUAAAACUAUUUUUUUGUGAAGAAUCAACAACAAGUGGGACACAAUCAUGAA